UUCUUCCCUUGCAGUGCCCGCUGCGAUCCAGACACGAUGAUGAAGGUCAGAGUGAACGGAUUUGGCCUUACUGGAUGCCUGGUCACCAGGGCUGCUGUUAACUCUGGCAAAGUGGACAUUGUGGCCAUCAGUGACCCCUUCAUUGACCUCAACUACAUGGUCUACAUGUUCCAGUAUGAUUCCACCCACAGCACCGUCAAAGCUGAGCACGGGAAGCUCGUCAUCAACAGAAAGGCCAUCACCAUCUUCCAAGAGCGAGAUCCCGCCAACAUCAAGUGGGGUGAUGCUGGCACUGCAUACAUGAUGGAGUCCACUGGUGUCUCCAGCAUGGAGAAGGCCAGGGCUCACUUGAAGGGUGGUGCCAAGACGGUCAUCAUCUCUGCCCCUUCUGCCAAUGCCCCCAUGUUUGUGAUGGGUGCAAAUCAUAAGUAUGACAACUCCCUCAAGAUUGUCAGCAACGCUUCCUGCACCACCAACUGCUUAACCCCGCUGGCCAAGGUCAUCCAUGAUAGCUUUGGCAUCAUGGAGGGACUCAUGACCACAGUCCACACCAUCACUGCCACCCAGAAGACUGUGGACGGCCCCUCUGGGAAGCUGUGGCGCAGCCGUGGGGCUGCCCAGAACAUCAUCCCCGCAUCCACUGGUGCUGCCAAGGCUGUGGGCACGGUCAUCCCGGAGCUGAAUGGGAAACUCAUGGGCAUGGCCUUCCACAUGCCCACUCCCCAAGUGUCAGCAGUGGAUCCGCCCUGCUGCCUGGAGAAAGCAGCCAAAUACGAUGACAGCAAGAAGGUGAUAAAGCAGGCAUCAGAAGGGCCCCUCAAAGGCAUCCUGGGCUACACCAAGGACCAGGUUGUCUCCUGUGAUUUCAACAGUGACACCCACUCUUCCACCUUUGACGCUGGGGCUAGCAUUGCUCUCAGUGACCACUUUGUCAAGCUGAUUUCCUGGUAUGACAAUGAGUUUGGUCACAGCAACAGGGUAGUAGACCUCAUGGUCCACAUGGCCUCCAAGGAGUAAGCGGCCCCCCACCACAGCCCAG